AUGCUGUGGACCAGGCACCUCGCCCAGCAGUUCGUCGCGAGCUUCCACUUUGUCCAUCGACGUCAUGAUCUCGAGCUUCUCGGUCCCAAUGAUAAAAUCAGAGAGGUCAAGCAAGAUCCCGAACAGAAGGAAGUCGACCCCCUCCCGCCCGAUGAAUUCAAGGACGGCCUGGCCGAACUGGCGCGCGACUUAAUCAUCAAAGAGCAGCAGAUCGAAGUCCUCAUAUCCACCCUUCCGGGUUUGGACAGCAGCGAGGCCGAUCAGGAGCGCUAUAUACGGGAAUUGGAGGACGAGCUGAAGGUUGCCGAGGCGCAGAGGCAGGAUGCGAUCAAGGAGAAGGACCAGAUCCUGGCAAAGCUCGACGAGGUAAUCAGGAGCAUUCGCCGGCCGUGA